AUGAGGGAAGCUGUCGAUAACAUGCUGGAACCUUCGGAUGAGUUUAAUAAAGGCUACCAAAAACCAAACAGCACUACUUGGAAUAAAGUGCUAACCAAUAGUGAAAGUGAAAAGUCUUUGGUCUUAAUUAUUGACCCAAGCUCUCUUCAACCAGAUAA